CCAACCUAUCACCAAGCCACCUAAGACCUUCAACCCUAUUUUGAACUUAUAGACCUAGUUGGCGCGAUGAACCGUGGUUCCCUGGAUGAAAUUGCAGCGACCUUGCCUUUGCCACUCUCUGAAGACAUUGCAGUUGCCCUUGGGCUGAAGCGUAGCGCGUUGGGACCCGACAAAGAGCCUAAAAGCCAGGUCGAAAUUAUGCGCACGAUAGACAUAUUCACUUCACGAAUAAAACGUGAACACGAAAUUCAACAAGACGUGGUCUAUUCUCGAUUUGCUGCACUCUAUCUGCCAGCCACUGUCGACAAGUUUCUAGACCCUCCACCCCUUCCCGCCAAUGCUCCUUGCUACAUAGCUCCAGGGGUGAAGCUCACGAACGAGAUGUACGCACUCAAGGGCCCCUAUACAGACAUGAUAAUUCAAAUCCAUCACCUACCAUACUUUGCCAAAUACCUUCGUUCUUCGCACCCAAAUGCUGCCAACGGCAAACGUUUCACGGAAGUGCUUGCCACCCGCCUGGCCGACCUCGCCCCUCUGUUCGAGUCGCGACUUUCACCAUCAGCCCGUAACGUUUCGAUCGAAGAACGUACAUCCUACAAGAACCUGAUCGGGGAUGUGUGCCAGUUGCUGAGUAGCAUUCUAGUUGAUAUGAGCAAGGAGAAGGACAGGGCACAAGCGAUCGUUGCUCCCGCCACGAAAGCCAGACUUAUCCCGUUCCUGAAGAAAUGGGCCUCCCGCUAUCCCCGAGAAUUUGUUGGGGACACGACUGGGAGGACUGUACUACUGUUGGAGGAGAAUAUUGCGCUUCUGAAGAUGGUGCAACCCAUGCGCCGAACUUUCAAAGGCUCCGCUGGGUGUGCAAUGAUCGGGUGUCCUGCGACCAGUAACCUCAAGGCCUGCAGCCGUUGUGUCACUACUCGCUAUGUCAGUCCUGACAUUUGA